CAAAGAUUGAUUUUUCCCACCAAUAUGAGCGAUGACGGAAUGACGACGAGCUUGAACAUCCUUCGGCGCAUGCCGCCAGGAAACGUCGCGAAGGACUUGGCAGGCAUCUGCCAGCUUCAGCCAGACCUGGAAGAUGAGUUGUAUCAGCGCGUGGAUCAGCCGCUCGGCCAAGCUGUAGAUCCGACGGCGGGGCGUCCGUUCUUGCUCUGCGACUACAACAGGGAUGGCGAUUCCCACAGAUCGCCGUGGACGAAUGCUUACUUCCCUCCCAUUGAAGACGGCGAAGGGUUCGUCCCGUCCGACAACUUGCGGCAACUCGAGAUCCAAGCCAACGAACUGUUUGACGUGUACCGAGAAAUGUACUACCAAGGGGGGGUGUCCUCCGUCUACAUGUGGGACCUCGAGCCAGGGUUUGCUGCGUGCAUCCUAAUCAAGAAGGACGUGCAUCACCAAAGAUUCGUCGAAGAAGGCGGGUGGAACUCCAUCCAUGUGCUGGAAGUCCACGAGAAGAACGACAAGGAAGCCGUAUACACCCUCACAUCGACGGUGCUCUUAACGAUGAACGUCAGCCGUCGCCAAGAACUCGGACACUUGAACUUGGAUGCCAACUUGACGCGACAGACUGAGCGCACGAUGAAGUUUGACUCGCAGACCGCCCACUUGAGCAACAUGGGGCGCCUCGUAGAAGACAUGGAGAUCGAUAUUCGCUCCAACUUGGAUCGUGUGUACAUCUCCAAGACGCGGGAAGUGCUCAAUGGCAUGCGAAAAUUGCAGCACGGGGUGGCGACUGCGCAAGGAGCGAACCCGUUUGUGGGGGAACUCGGCCGUGCGGUUCUCAAACAUGGCAAGCCGUCGGCGUAGGCGCCGUCCAAAUAUGGCCAACGGAGGGCAAGUCAUCGUUCCAUCAGUACAAGUUCAAUGCAGUUGAUGAAAACCAUGCGUGUCUUCUAUCCCAAUCUCGGAUAUGAUGCACGAGUCCUUCCUGCAGCCUGACUCUAGCAAGAUGCCAAACAUGUCCCAGGUGGCCAAGGACCCGCAGCUUUCUCCAUCUUCUAGUUGUGGUAUGCAUUGGUGCUCAUGGGAAUAGUCAGUCGUUCGGGUUUCGUUC